ACAAUAAAUUUUACGUUACAUUGGAUUGACGUUGUCACUUUGGAUUACUUAAAAAUUUUGACAUAAAACACACGUUUCCAUACAAAUAUCGACCAAAUAGUUUUCAAUUUUCUUCUUAUACCUAAUACAUGAGGUAUAAUUUAGAAAGAAAGGCGUUUUCUUCUAUUUCAAAUAAUGGAUUUGAUAAAAAAGGAUUUAAUAGAAACAAUAACUAAAGAGUGCAAAAAAAGACAUAUUGAUGUAUCGAGUGAUUUAGUUUCCUUUCUAUUGAGUUUGACACUAUUAAAUCCUGAAUAUUCGAUUGAAAAAAAUAGUGAAGAGGAAAUUUUGAAAGUUGUAUCAGUUUUGGUAAAAAAUUUGCUGAACCAAAACAAACCGCAUUUAGUUACUAUUAAAAUUCAACUUUAUUUCGCAAAACACUAUUUUGAUAGAGAUGAAAUUAUCAAGAAACACAGAUUGCGACUUCACGAGAAGACAGCUUCUCUUGUCAAGGAAAUUUGUGAAACGAAAAAAUUAGACUCCGAUAGAGACAUGGAAAAAUUGUAUCAGAAAAUUUUAGUGGUAAUAACAUUAUUGAGUGGCUUGGGGAAUCCAACAAUUCCUUCAGUUCUCAGAGAAGUGUCACUGGCCUUACAGAGUGUUUAUCAGCCUUCUGAAUUGUCUCGUUAUAUAACUUUGCAAAAGAAAGAGAAAGAAGAGCAAUUGAUGGAAUUAAUGUGCAUUGUGGCGGGCAUUCGUCUCUUUAAUAGAGAUUGUGAACGAGGAGGAGAAGGAAUCGAUGAUUUGCCAAGCAUUUUGCAAGAAGCUGUAAAGAAAACUCAAUCAUCAAUAAUGGAACUUUUGGAGCAACUUAUGCAACGAAUCUACAAGUUUACUUCUGCAGUGGAAAAUGUCCUUCAUCUUGAACUUUCCGAUUAUGAGAAAUUUUCCUCCGGUAGUGAUAAAAAAUUUACGAAUUCCAUUACAGAUAGCGAUAUACAAUGGUCCAUUCAAAUGCUCGCGUCCCUUCGCCAGCAAGAAAUAUACGUCAGAAAAAUUCUUUGCGAUAUUGAACAUUCUGAAAAUGAUUUCAAAAACAUUUUGGAGCGACUUCAAAAUCGAUUUAUCAAACUUCACGAAACAGUUCGUUACAGAACAGCAAUUCCAACGUCCCAAGUUUACCCGCAGUUUGUAGACUUGGCAGAUAUUUGGAUGAAUUUUCAGGACGAGGUGAUAGUGCUGAGCAACAUUAACCGUUUUCUUUGGCAACUACAGUGUCUUUAUACGAAGAUUAUGAGUGUAGAUGAUGAAUGUCUUUUGAACAAUAUGAUACAAGACGUCCAAGUUUUAUCCGACGCUGAAAGAUUAGAGAAAUCUAUGGGAUAUCUAAUAACCGAAUGUGAAGAAUGCGAACUUUAUUAUCCAAACUCUGUGAAGGAUUUUGAAAAGAUUAAUUUAGAGUUCAUUGGAUUUUGCGCCUGGACAUUUGUGCAAGGUAAAGGAUUUCUUUUACCAGGAAAUCCUAACAUUGGAGUUGCUAAAUGGAAGGGAAAGUAUUUCGCCUUCAGUUCUUUGGAAGCAGCCCGUGAAUUUGGAAAAAAUCCAAACAAGUGUUUAAUUGAAAUUUUUGAUUUUAUACGCAAACAUCCGGAACAUGUGUAUCUUUUCCAAAUCUACAACGACGUGGAGGCUAUAAAAAAUCAAGAAAUAUUAACUACUGAUAUAUCUCUGCUGACAGUCCAACAAGAUCAAGAAGUUCAGACCGAGUUGCAUGCUGUGUCCUCUUUCAUCGACAAUAAUUAUUCAUCUAAUAUUUGGGAUUAUAGAAGAAAUGCUCUAAAAUUAGCGACAAUUUGUAAAUUGGCAACAAGAAGUACGCAAACAAAAAAAUCAUACUUCAGACGUGGAAAUGAGAGUCAAGCAGAACCAUCUAAAAAUCAACAAGUUCAAACAAGAAAGGAAAAUAGCACAAACACAAAAAAAAUUCAAACUUAUGUUUUUGGUUUGCGGGGUCGGCGUGAUGAUGCUCAACACGUUUUUACCAUUGUCGAAGAUGAUUUUGACAAAUGAUGAACAUUUUAACGUAAAACCUCAACUUGAAAGCCGUUCAAAAAUGCCAAACCUCAUCUUAACAGCUUAACUUCUUUUCUUCUGAUGAAUUUUAACAAAUUUUUAGUUAUGUUUUCAGGGCUCGAACCAGUGGAAGUAUUCAAAAAUUCAGACUUUACGGACCAAAAAUUAAAAAUUACGGACCGAUUACAGACAAAAUUA